CCGUCGCGGGAGGCUUUCCCACGGCCGCGGCAGCGACCACCCGCCUCCCCCCUCUGCCCGGCCCAGCCCUGCGCCCCUCCCUCAGCACGCACACACGCCCAUCCACCGACCCGCCCAUCCGCCCUUCCCUCGAUAUCCGCCCACCUCCCCAGUGGACCCUUCUUGCCGGCUCCCGGGAUCUGCGCGGCGAAGAUGACCCCGUUCGAGGCCUUCUGCGCGAUCAACCCGGCCGACACGGCCCAGGUCGUGCAAGCUGGCCACAAACUGCUUCACCAGUCCGGACCUUCUCACGGCGAAGAGUACUGGUCCAUCUGCGAACGCGUGCUCAUCGCGGCUCUCGACCGCUUCGACCACUUCCGGCCGAUUGCUGCGGACUGUCUCGGGCGGCUUGAGAAACAGUUUGGCUCACGCAGCCUGCGCAUCAUGCGCCUGGCCGGCAUGUUCGAAGAGGCCAAGGGCGACUUCGAAGCUGCGGCCGUGGUGUACCACCAAAUCCUUGAGCGCGAUCCCUCGAACGCGGGCGCCAUGAAGCGCCUCAUCGCGCUGGCCGGCCAGCUGGAGGAUGCCUCGCGCAUGGUCACCCUCCUGGUGGACUACCUGGAGAUCUACAUGAACGAUGCCGAGGCAUGGAAGCUGCUGGCGUCGCUCUACUGCCGGAGUAGCUGCUAUGAGCAGGCGAUCUUCUGCUACGAGCAACUGUUCGUCAUCCAGGAGACCGCCUCCUGUCGGAUUCUCUGCGCGGAAGCUCUCUACACCCGUGGGGACAUUGAAAGCUUGGUCCUGGCCCGGAAGUACUACUGCCGGGCGUUGGAGCUGACCAGCUCCUCCUCCGGGACUUCGGUCCGGUCACCGACCUCCAUCAGCAAUGCUGUCACCUGUGGCGAGACGACGCGCGCCCUGCAGGGGAUCUUCCUGACCUCGCAGCGCUUGCUCCGGCUCCGGUCCCGCUCGCCGGCCGACCCGGCCAUCGACCCGGAGCAGCAUCACCGUGAUCAGCUCAUGGACGAGUCGAUGCUCCGGCGCUCGGCCGAGAGCCUCCUCUCGGUGUUCGGGUCUGCCCGGGCGCCGUUCCCCGUUCGCCAGUCCUUCCAUGCCCUGCUGCUGAGCUCCCUGGACCCGGACGCAGCCAGCCGCGCUGCCAAUGCCGCUGCCACCCCGGUCGAGCCGGCUACCCCGCGCAAGUUGGCCCCGGUUGAGGCCUCCCCCUCGGUGCCGAGCUCGAUCAGCUCCUCGGCGGCCUCCUCACCGGCCCUCGCCGAUGAGGGUGACCCGCCGGUUGCCUCACCGGAGACCACCUCGGCCCCGGGUGACGCCGGCUCCUCGCCAUCGCCCUCCUCCGGCCCGCAGACGCCCGAGAGCUCUGGCCAUGAUUGACCGAAUAAACACCCACCUGCCUGCCUGCCUGGCAUUCGAGA